AUGUCAGACUUGAAAACAACCAAAGACACUCUUGUCUCUACCCUUUUCGAAUUAUCCAAAGCUGCUCAAGAUGCUGCCAACGCCGCCAUUGAGUUCUACAAGGUCGCCUCUGGUGGCUCUGACGACGUUUCUGCUGAACAAUUGAAAGCUGUCAGUGAAGCAUUGAAUACUGUUGCAACUUUAUCUAGCGGUAACGGUGCCAAAAUAGAGGCCACCGAGCGUAAGAAGAAGAGAAAGCAAGAAAAGGAUCCAAAUGCUCCAAAGAAACCAUUGACUAUGUUUUUCCAGUUUUCUUACGAUCUCAGAAAGAGAAUUGGUAUUGAAAGAAAGAAAAAGGACUUGCCUUCUUUAUCUGCAAUUGACAUGAACUCCAUGAUCAAAGACCGUUGGGACAGUAUUAGUGAUGUAGAAAAGGCUGGUUACAAAAAAAGAUACGAUGACGCCAUGAUUGUUUACAACAUCGAAAAGAAGAAGUACGAAGAUUCCUUGAAAGAUGGAUCGUCGUAUUACCCUCCACCAAGUGUCCAAACCCCAAUUGUUGGCCAUGGUAUCGACCAAGACAUUGAUGAUGACGCCACUGAUAUAGUAUCAAGUCCAGAAGAACCUAAAAAGAAAAAGAAGAAGGCUGAUAAGAAAGAAAAGAAGAAAAAGUCUGGUCAUGGAUCUCCAUGA